GUUUUAAAUAAUGAGGAAUAUUUAUCAUCAAAUAUUGAUCAAGCAUAAACUUAACAAUCACCAGUAUCUCCAAUAUACAAGAAAUAUACGUGAUGCUGUUGUUUCUCAACUGCUUGCAGCUCUACAACAAGCUGCAGCACGAUGCUGAGAAUUAUUCUGAAUAUACUGAUGCCUAUAUAAUGUUAGAAGAAUUCUACAUAUUUGCCACAGAACUGGCACAUCUGUGCGAGCAAGGAACCACAGUUGUUCCUAUGAACGCCUCUUGUUCAUUACACGGUGAUGGAAAAGGUACUAAACACAAAAUUGGUUCAAAGAGGAUGGCGUAUGAGGUAUUUUUGGGCGGAUCUUGUAAUCCAACUACCUGGAGGUCAGAUAUAGCGAUACCGACUCUUCAGAAUCUUGGCAUUACUUAUUAUAAUCCUCAAGUGUCACAGUGGAAGCCAGAAUUAAUAGCUCAAGAAUAUGAGGCAAAACAGACGGCACGAGUCUUACUAUUUGUCAUUGACAAUCAGACGCGCAAUAGCGCGGGCAUUAUUGAAGCAGCUCAACUGGCAGCUACACGUAGCGAGUCUUUGGUUCUUGUCAUUUAUCCGUAUCGUCAAGGACAAGCUAUACUCGGAGAGACCGUUUCCACGCAGGAAUAUUAUGAUUUAAUGAACGGAUUAUUAGUGCUUCAGUACCUAAUGGAAAGACAAAGGAUACCAAUAUUCGAGAGUGUAUCAGUUGCCCUUCAUUGUACGUCCAAGAUGUUACGCGAAGAGAUCAAUGUGCAGGAUUGCAUGAACAUCGAGGAUGGCAUCAAACCUGUAAGAAUCUCGCUUACUCAAAAUGGAACGGAUGCAGUAAAAUUACGGGAAGUUUUCAAAUCUAUGGACGUUAAUGAUAGUGGCACAAUAAAAUUGGGGGAAGCUUUAGUGAUGUUACAGUCAAGUACAAUGUGCAACAAUUUGUCUGUCUUGGAUCUGCUCAACACAGUAAAUAAAAAAUCCGAAAUCUAUAGGACAUUAAUAGAUGGAUUUCCGGCAAAAGGUGACCCAACCGAAUUGCGAAUAAAUUUCGAACAGUUCUGCGUUUUAGCCAGUGAAUCGUCUUGGAUGCGGAUGAAGAAUAAUGGCAUCUCUUGCGAAAGUGAGAUACCUUCAGUAUGGAAUAUAUUAUGUAGGAAGACCUCAAAUUUCUUGCGCCGAGUUUUCGUACAUCCUUUUAAUCGCUUCCUAGAUUGGACUAAUUCCUUCACACAAGAGUUCGAGAAGAGAGACAUUUAUGUUGGCGUAGUCAGUAAAGAUCUGUUUUGGUUAGAAUCUUCUGCAAUACCGUUGAUAGAAUCAAUGAGAUUAUCUUUAUAUCGACCAAGCUUGAAUGAAUACAACGUAAGAAUAUUGCCACAAGAAUUGCAGAAGAUAAAGAAUUCACGACUGAUCCUAUUGAUAGUGCCGCAGCAUUCACGCGGUGUCACCAUUAUGGCAUUGGCAGCUCAUUUGAUUGGACUGCACGCUAAGCUCGUCCUCUGUGUUCAAAUUCUUCCUGAGGGUUCUAUUAUAUCUGAUGAACAACUGACUGAACAAGCCCGAAAAGAUUACAACCGAGGAAGGAUGUACCUGUCGGAUUACGCAACGCGUGAAGCAUAGCAGAAGAAGAAAACCAAGAACUAAAUGGUCCACCAUAAAGGUUUGAAGGAAAAAAUAAGGAAAAGGAAAGAGGCUCCAAAGAAAAAUCGUUUAUUCUUUUACAUGAAUAUCAAACACUUGUUUAUACAUAUUAAACAUUUUUCUUUUCGGAAUAAAACAAAACUAUUACUGUUUCUUGCGCUUUUUCUUUCAGUAUGGUAUCUUUU